AUGCCCAGCUAUGAUCUUCUGGUGCAGAACCACAAUACGUGCCUGCUGGAUAUCUGGUCUGGCGAGUGCACGCAGAAGAACCUCGCCAUUUUCGAAGAGUUUCCGUCUGAACAGGGCCCGGCACCGGAUGGCUUCAUGCUGGAUUUUCUCGGCAUAUCGAUGCCGAUGCCUCCUGUCGCCGCCGAUGGCAUCCCCGAUUCAGUAAUUGCUCCAGGGAGGACGUUUCUGUGGGAAUACUUGAAGAUACCCGGUGAAGUUCAGUGCUUUCCUUAG